AUGUGGGUCAACUCCUCGCAGCUGGCCCACACGGUGGCGCUGUCCCCGCGGUACAACGUGCCCGCGCUCCUGCUCGGGAUCGUGCUCAUCGUGCUCGUCACCGGGGGAAACGUGCUCGUGUGUCUGAGCGUGCACGUGGAGAAGGCGCUGAAAACCACCACCAACUAUUUCAUCGUCAGCUUAGCGGCUGCAGAUCUGAUGCUGGCGCUGAUGGUUCUACCGCUGUUCGUCUACUCCGAGUUUCAGGGUGGAGUUUGGACCUUGAACAUGCUGCUAUGUGACGGCCUGAUGACCAUGGAUGUGUUGCUGUGCACAGCUUCCAUCUUCAACCUGUGUGCCAUCAGUGUGGACAGGUUCAUCGCCGUGUCCGUCCCUCUGAACUACAACCGUCAGCACGUGGACCGGCGCCAGCUGGUCCUGCUGGCGGCCACGUGGCUGCUGGCGCUGGCCGUGGCCUCGCCCGUCCUCUUCGGCAUCAACAGCGUGCCGGACCGCGACCCCGGCGAGUGCAAGCUGGAGGACAACAACUACAUCGUGUACUCCUCCGUCUGCUCCUUCUUCCUGCCCUGCCCCAUCAUGCUGCUGCUCUACUUCGGGGUUUUCCGCGGGCUGCAGCAGUGGGAGGUGGCUCGUCGAUCCAGACUCCGCAGCAGCAUCGACGCCUGCCGCAAGCUGCAGCACGCCGCCGCCGCCCCCCCCCCGCUGCCGGGCACCAUCCCCGGGCCUCUGCCCAUGCCUCUGCCCAGGAUCAUCGAGAGGGACCUGGCCCAGUCUCGGCUGGAGGAAUCGGACGACUGCACCAAGCAGGAGCUUCCGUAUCCUCGGCAGUACAGAGAGAACUCGGUCCCCACGGUGACCUUCAGCCAGCUGCAGCGGAGGAGGAGGAGAGAGAAGAUCAACAGCAGGGAGAGGAAGGCCAUGAGGGUGCUGCCGGUCGUCGUAGGUUGCUUCCUGUUCUGCUGGACGCCGUUCUUCGUCGUCCACACAACACGAGCUUUGUGUUUGACCUGCGCCAUCCCCCCCGGUCUGAUGAGCACCGUCACCUGGCUGGGCUACGUCAACAGUGCCCUCAACCCCAUCAUCUACACCGUCUUCAACACCGAGUUCAAGAAGUUCUUCAAGAAAUGUUUCCGCAGCUGCUGCUGUCUGCAGCUUUCCCUGAGGCGCUGA